AUGAUCAGUUGGUCAUUCUAUUGUCCUUUCAAAAAGAGAAUUAAUGCUUAUGGGGGAGGUAGUCAGUCAAUGAAAAAGAGCACAGAUUCAAGAUUAAACAUUGACAUCAACUGUAAGGAUUCGGAGGACAAGGCACUAGUACUUCUUUCAAAAGAGAAGAGCAAUAACUCUGGGGAACUUUUGUUGAACUCAGGAACGGAUGUUAAUGUCAAAACAAUAGGGUUGAACUCGGAAAGAGAAACUUUAUUUGUAAGCACAAAACUAGGUCACACAUAUUUUAUGCACAUUCUGCUCAAAUGGAAAACCAAUGUCAAUGAACUAAACGGUUUUCAUAAUAAAACAGCUUCACAUUUGUUCAUUCAACGUGGAUAUGAAUACAUUUCGUACAUUCUAUUGGUUGCGGGUGUUGAUGUAAAUCUGGCUUACAAGAGAGGUGAAACAGCUUUUCAUUAUGCAGCUUGGUUUGGAAUGAAGAAACUCGUCAAGUCGCUUUUAGAAAGAGGUGCGUUACAUUACUCAACAGGAUAUGGGAGCAACGAUAUUGUCGUGUUGUUACUUGAAGCUGGAGCCUCAGCAGACAUCAAAGACAGGGGUGGUGGAACAGCGUUAUUUGAUGCUGCCUUGUUCGGAUGUAUGAAAACAACUUUAACGCUACAGAAAUUUACAAGCGAUCUUGACGCUGGUGACCAAUACAACAAUACAGCUUUACACUACAGCUCCCACAGUGGACUAACAGAAGUCGUGAAGACGUUACUGGAAUCCGGAACUAUUGUUGACUCGAGGAGCCAGUUAGGGCGAACCCCGUUGUUCUGCAGUGUAUUGAGUAAAAACAUUGACGAGAUGAAAGAGAUUAUCCAACACGGCGCUAACCUUGACAUUGACGACGAUUUCGGUCAGACAGCAUUGGAUAUCGCAAUUAUGUACUUAAAUGACGAAGCAGUAGCAGUUCUAAGACAAUAUGGCGCUAAAUCUUCAAAAGAAAACAAAGUAAAAAUAGAGGUUGUUUUGGACUCUUCAAAAAGUGAAAUGGAGUUUAAAAAAGAGAUAGCACUAGUUAGUAACGUGACACCCUUUGCAAGUGAUAAUACUUCCCAAAGUACUGAUACCGCACCAUCUGUGGAUACAACACCAACAAAUUCUACCACUACUCUACAUGCAAGUGAUUCUACUAACCCAAGUACUCAUACUAAACCAUCUAUGAAUACAACACCAACAGCUUCUACAGUUACUCUAAAUGCAAGUGAUGAUACUACCCCAAGUACUGAUACUGCAACAUCUGUGGAUACAACACCAACAACUUCUACCACUACUUCAGAUGCAAGUGAUGAUUUCCUUAAUGUAAUUCGGUGUGCUCUAAAUACCGAAGUGACUAAUAAUUUUGAAAAUCAAAGUACUUGCAGCACUGGAAAUAUUCAUGUGUGA